GCGAUUUCUUUUUGACAUUUGACUACGACUGGGCGCACGUGUUUUCUGGCAAGGCUCUGUGCUAAAUUCUAGUAAAAUCAAAAUGAACGCGGAAAAGCUGAAGAAGUUGCAGGCGCAGGUGCGCAUUGGCGGCAAGGGCACCCCUCGCCGCAAGAAGAAGAUCGUCCACUCCACGCCCGCCACCGACGACAAGAAGCUGCAGUCGUCGCUCAAGAAGCUGUCGGUAAACACAAUUCCCGGCAUCGAGGAGGUGAACAUCAUCAAGAACGAUGGCACCGUCAUCCACUUCAACAAUCCGAAGGCCCAGGCCUCGCUGCCGACGAACACGUUUGCCAUCACGGGUCAUGGCGAGAACAAGACGAUCACCGAGAUGGUGCCCGGCAUUCUGACGCAACUGGGUCCCCAGGACAUCAACCAGCUGAAGAAGCUGGCCACGGAGAUUGCCAGCAAGAGCGGCGCCGGCGGAGCAGCCGGCUCUUCAGCCGCCGAUGCCGGUGACGAUGAUGUGCCCGAUCUGGUCGAGAACUUCGAGGAGGUGGCCAUCGCCGACACAAAGGAGGAGAAGUCCGGUGAGGUGGCGGCCUCCGCUUAGGCUGGUCCAACCCCGCCCACCCGGGCAAAUCACACCACCACACACCGAACACAAAAACAUACAUACAAAACAUACGGGGCCAGGGAGCAAGACGAAGUGGCUGGCAUACAGGGCAGAACCCACACACCAGACACGCCGGAAACACAUCUACCACUUACCCAUUCCGGUUCCAAAUCGGAAACGGAUCCACUCCGGACUGCAACCAGCGCUUCUGCCCUGAAUGGGCCAUUCUUCGUGCUCCCUCCAGCCACUUUUUUGGGGGUCAUGCUACACACUAUACUAAAAUACAAAAAUAAAGGCAUCCGAGUGAGCGCUGAACAGAACACAUAAGCAUAAUAACUAUACUUAACAUACUAAGGGAACCCUUCAAUCUUAAUCUAAUUGUACUAGUUUGGAACAGUCAAAUGUAUUUUCCAAAGCGAUUAAAGAACGUUUCCUUAACCAAAAAAAACCACAGUCUAAACAACACACACAUUCUAAUUUUUGCCGCCCUCCCAAGAACAACACACACAGAUGUAUCUAUAGAUAUAUGCGCUGUCAUAAAACACUAUAUACUAUAUAUAUACGAUACGGUUUUCGGAAGAAUUGUGACGAGGUGAUUAGGGGAACAACGCAGACACUCCAGAUGAAUUCAUUGCCAGGUCGCGAGGACAGAGAAAUAUAUUUUUAGCACUACUAGCUCUUACCGAUUUUCCCCAAUUUCCGACUUUUCGAUGUAACCCCGCCCUCAAGGAAUCCUCAAUUGAAAACGAAAACAAGCUGAGGCCACAAUUUCGAUUCGAGAACAAUGUGCCCAAAUUGUUGAAAGCAUAGCUUAUAAUUUGUAAACUAUUGUUUUAGACCAUCAUUACCAUGCAUAACAUUAAAUGAGCUGUAAAAACC